CGGUUCCCAUCAGGCAGGGCCCAUCAGCUUUGCCAGGCACUGCCAUCCCGCAGAGUGGGGUCCUUGGGCACGGAAAAAACUGGUACAGAGGGGCCCAGGAAUGAGAGCUCCCUGUUGACACAGCCGGCCGCAAACGAGCCUAUCAAUCAUUAACGGAGUCAAGUGGGACAACAGGAAACUGGAGCCCAGCAAGGAAAGAGGAGCCCCAGGGCGGGACAGUCACUGCUCAGAGGACUGAGCAGGAGCAGGCUGCAGGCUCUGGGCACGGGGCAGGGAGCGGACACAAGGAGCACCUGUGGUCUGGGCAGCCCAGCCCCCUGCCCAGCCCAAGAAGACUGUUCUCCAUGGAGCCAGGUCCAGAAGCCAGAGGCAGCAGCAGCAGCAGCAGCAGCACCACCAUUCCUUCCUCAGAAACACACCCCAGCCAUGAGCUUUCAGACACAGGGAAUGCUUCGGAUGCUGCAGGAGAACCAGCUGAGGAGGGCAGUGCCCCCGGGGCUAAUGGGGAGGGCAGAGAGACGGCUGCAGCAGACCCACCGCCACUGCCCAACCUGGCAUCCUGGAAUGAUGGCACAGCCUCAUCCUACCUGAGUCCUCCACAGCCCAACCCUGCUGAGAAUGGGCAGAUGCCUAAGUGUGCAGCGGGCAUCGGCUUCGUGGGAGAGCCCCCACCCUACACCCCGCCGGAUCCCAAGGCUGUCCAUGUGCUCUACCCUCCAUUCCAGGCUGGCUUCUCUGGGCAAAUGCCUAUUCUGUACCAGCCAGGGCCUUCACCACAGCCUCUCUUCCCACCAGCGCCAUCAGCCACACCUCUGUAUUCAUCAGGACCCUCUCCAACACCCCUCUACCCUCCAGCGUCUUCAUCCUCAUCACUCUACCCAUCACCAAACCUGUCUUCUGGAGCUUUCCCCUAUACCAUCUAUAACAGCCCCAUGAACAAUAUGUCGGCUGCCAUGGACCGGAGGCCCCUGCCUAAGGAUUACAUGGUGGAGUCUGUGUUGGUGACCCUCUUUUGCUGCUUGAUCACUGGGGUGAUCGCCAUCGUCUACUCUCACGAGACCAGGGCGGCUCUGAGUCGGGGAGACCUGGCCCAGGCAGAACAGGCCUCCAAGAAGGCCCGCUCCUUGGUGCUCUUCAGUUUGCUCUUUGGGGUCUUCGUGUCUACCAGCUGGGUCAUCUACGUCAUAGUGGCCCUCUACAUUCCCUGAGGGACCAUCUCCUCCUGAUGCCCAGGGCGGCACCUGGCUGCUGAUGCUGCCCCGGCUGCUGCCCAGGACAUAGAAGAGGAAAGUGCCCACCAUAUCCAAGCUGCUCUCCUUCCGUGGACUCUUCCCUCCUCUCCUGCCUGCCCUCCAGGGAGAGAGCAGGGUCUACAGUGCUGCUCCUCAGCUGCCCACCUGCGGCUACUCUGCCCCUGGGACUCUGCUAUGGGGAGGCCAGCCCUUCUACUGGAACUCACUGUGGCACCACUGUGCAUUAUCCUCUGGCCCAGGACUCCAUCUGAGAUAUUGGGGGCGUUAGCACGGGUCCUUCAUGAGCUGUGGUGGAACUCCCCACCCAGGGCCAAUCUCUGCUUUUCUAUUGGUUUUCCCAGCUCUCAAAAUGUGUGUGUGUGUGUGUGUGUGUGUGUGUGUGUG